CAAGUGUAUCAACCCCUUUUGAACUAUAUAUACAAAAAAGCCCAAAGCAGUACUAAUAAACAACACUCGGUGUAAGAAUUUAGAAAUUAAAAUCUGAAAGCAACAGCCAGAGAUUACGUUGGUGAAGGGUAGCUAUGCAAUAUAUUAAGAUUGAGCAUGAAAAUAUUAAUAUCUAAUCUCCUGAAAGAAUGGUUAGCUAGCUUGCAUUGGCCACUCCAUUUUCCAGUUUUUGUGAGGGAAAGACAUUACCUUUAGAAGAUAUAUGGCUACUAAAUUUUCAAGAAAAGAAGAAUGGAUAAAUAUUAAUGGAAGUGUCGCUGUUAGUUUUGGAUAAAGGGUUAUUUUUUGUGGGCUUAGCUUAGCCUGACACGUUUACCGGAAUUUUAUAUUUGCUAUGCACGUGAAUGUGAAUUUUCAGUUUGAAGCCUAAUACUAAUAAAGCUUUUUGCAGAGGAAAUGGAUAAUAGUAAAGAAAGGCAGUUUCUCUUGGGCAGUUUUAGAGGAGACGUUGUUGAUGAUGAUGAAACAAGUAAACCAUCAUGCCUUAGUUUUCUAAGAAAAAAAAUCAAGAAAUCUUUAAAUGAGCUGCAAGAUUUUGCUGGGAAAGCAUGGGAAAUGGGUCGGUCCGAUCCUCGCAAAAUAAUAUUUGCAAUCAAGAUGGGAUUGGCACUAGCAAUUGUAUCAUUGCUCAUAUUCUGGAAAGGACUAUAUGAUAUUUCUCAGUACUCUAUUUGGGCAAUACUAACAGUCAUUGUCAUGUUUGAAUACAGCAUAGGAGCAACAUUUAUAAAAGGGUUUAAUAGGCUUCUGGGUACAUUAUGUGCUGGAAUUCUUGCUUUUUGUUGUGCUGAGUUAUCUGUUCUGAUUGGUAAAUGGGAAGAAGUUAUAAUUGUUAUUAGCAUUUUUGUAAUAGCAUCCUUCGCGUCCUAUCUAAAGCUGUAUCCAACAAUGAAGCCUUAUGAAUAUGGAUUUCGAGUAUUCAUACUGACUUAUUGUAUACUUAUGGUAGCUGGGAACAGGACUAGAGAAUACACUGAGGCAGUAGUGACUAGAUUGGUGCUAAUUGCAGUUGGUGCUAGUGUUUGUUUAGUUGUAAAUGUGUUUAUACAUCCCAUUUGGGCUGGUGAUGCUUUACACAGCUUGGUGGUGAAAAAUUUCAAGGAUGUAGCUAAUUCAUUAGAAGGUUGUGUUAAUGGGUACUUGAAAUGUGUUGAAUAUGAGAGGAUCCCAUCAAGAAUCCUGACUUUCCAAGCUUAUGAUGAUCCACUUUACAAUGGGUAUAGAUCGGUGGUGGAAUCUACAGGCAAAGAAGAUACUCUGUUAGGCUUUGCUAUCUGGGAACCACCUCACGGUCGUUUCAAAACGUUUCAUUAUCCUUGGAAAAACUAUGUUGAAGUAUCUGGUGCAUUGAGGCAUUGUGCGUUUAUGGUCAUGGCACUUCAUGGAUGCAUCCUCUCAGAAAUACAGGCUCCAGCAGAAAGGCGGCAAGUGUUUCACAAUGAGCUACAGAAAGCUGGAGCAGAAGCUGCUAAAGUUCUGCGAGAGCUUGGAAACAAACUAGACAGAAUGGAAAAGCUAGGCCCUGAGGAAGACGUACUAAGAGAGGUGCAUGAAGCAGCAGAGAAAUUACAAAUAAAGAUUGAUGAAAGGUCAUACCUUUUAAUCAAAUCUGAGAACUGGGAAAUUGGAAGACAAGAUAAGGAAUUGCAAGACCCUCAAAAUGUUCUGAAUGAAAAUAUGCAAUUGGGUUUUAAGUCCUUAAGUGAAACUGUACUAGACUUAAGAUCACUUUCAGUUUGGACACCUUCUUCAACUUCAACUGACUCAUCAGGUAACUUGUUCAGGAAACAAACACCAUGGCCUUCUUCAAAUCUUUCUGUUGAUGGUGGUAUAGGGAUUAAAGAAGAUGAGUGUAGAACAUAUGAGAGUGCAAGUGCUUUAUCUUUAGCAACAUUUGCUUCUCUUUUAAUUGAAUGUGUUGCAAGGCUUCAAAGUCUUGUAGAUGCUUUUGAAGAACUAAGUGAUAAAGCAGAGUUUGUAGAUCCUACUGUAGACUCUACAACAACCAAAAAGAAUGCUAGAUGUUGUGAGAGUCUGUUUAGAUGUUUUAGGUUUUCAAAUUGAGAUGUCAUUAAUUACUUUUUAGCAUAAGAUCGUGAGAGAAAUUUUUUAUGGCCUGUACGGUAAAAUUAUUAUUAUUAUUAUUAUUUUUGUACUUGUUAA